UCAUGGAAGAGAAUCCAGGAUUACAGCAGGACUGAACAAAUAUGCCUGUUUUCUCACACUGGAUCCAAACACAGCAAACACUAAACUCAUUCUGUCUGAGGAGAACAGAAAGGUGACACGUGUGGAAGAGUAUCAGUCGUAUCCUGAUCAUCCUGACAGAUUUGAUGUGCAUCGUCAGGUGUUGUGUAGAGAGAGUGUGUGUGGACGCUGUUACUGGGAGAUUGAGUGGAGUGGAGAUUUUGGGGUGUGUAUAUCAAUGUCAUAUAAGAGCAUCAGGAGGAAGGGACAAGGAGAUGAGUGUGAGUUUGGAUCUAAUGAUCAGUCUUGGAGUUUGAUCUGGACUUUCUUAGGUUACUCAUUCAUACACAAUAACAUAGUGACUGUUCUCCCUGUGAAGUCCAUCAGUCGUAGAGUAGGAGUGUAUGUGGAUGUGAGUGCAGGAACUCUGUCCUUCUACAGCGUCUCUGACACAAUGAGUCUCAUCCACACAGUCCAGACCACAUUCACUCAGCCGCUCUAUCCUGGGCUUAGGGUUUGGUCUGGAUCACUGAAACUGUGUUGAUGAAUCAGAAU